CGCCCGCUCGCGCGGCUCCCACAAUGCACCGUACAAUGGCCCGACCGCCGCCACUACCGGGGCCUGAGCGGGCCUGGCGGAGCCCGAGCGCGGCCCGGCCCGCAGUGCGGGGCCCCGAGCGCGGUGAAGAGAUUGUUUUCUGAAGGCUGCGUUGGAAGCUGUGACAGAGCAGAGAGCCCGUGUGAAGCCGAUGGGGAGGCUUUCUGAGUAACAUGGCCCUUCGCCAUUAGCCUUGCCAUGACCACAUUUUUCACCAGCGUCCCCCCCUGGAUUCAAGAUGCAAAGCAGGAGGAGGAAGUGGGCUGGAAAAUAGUUCCCAGGCCUCGGGGCCGGGAGGCGGAGAGUCAAGUGAAGUGCCAAUGUGAAAUCUCGGGGACACCCUUCUCAAAUGGGGAGAAGCUGAGGCCUCACAGCCUUCCCCAUCCAGAGCAGAGACCAUAUAGCUGCCCUCAGCUGCACUGUGGCAAAUCUUUUGCCUCCAAGUAUAAGCUGUAUAGGCACAUGGCUACCCACUCAGCCCAAAAACCACACCAGUGCAUGUACUGUGAUAAGAUGUUUCACCGCAAGGACCAUCUCCGGAACCACCUGCAGACCCACGACCCCAACAAAGAGGCUCUUCACUGUUCCGAGUGCGGUAAGAAUUACAAUACAAAGCUGGGCUACCGGCGCCAUCUGGCCAUGCAUGCCGCUAGCAACGGUGACCUCAGCUGUAAGGUGUGCCUGCAGACCUUUGAGAGUACCCAGGCCCUGCUAGAGCACCUGAAGGCCCACUCACGCCGGGUAGCAGGGGGUGCCAAGGAAAAGAAGCACCCCUGUGACCACUGUGACCGGCGCUUCUAUACUCGUAAGGAUGUGCGGAGGCACCUAGUGGUGCACACAGGCCGAAAGGACUUCCUGUGCCAGUACUGUGCCCAGCGGUUUGGCCGCAAGGACCACCUGACACGGCAUGUCAAGAAGAGCCACUCGCAGGAGCUGCUCAAAAUUAAGACAGAGCCAGUGGACAUGUUAGGCCUACUCAGCUGCAGCUCCACAGUCAGUGUGAAGGAAGAGCUGAGCCCUGUGCUGUGCAUGGCCUCUCGGGACAUGAUGGGGGCCAAGGCCUUCCCUAGUAUGUUACCCAUGGGCAUGUAUGGCGCCCACAUCCCUACCAUGCCCAGUGCAGGCAUGCCACACUCCCUGGUGCACAACACGCUGCCCAUGGGUAUGAGCUAUCCUCUGGAAUCUUCACCUAUCUCUUCUCCAGCUCAGCUUCCUCCAAAAUACCAGCUUGGAUCUACCUCAUACUUGCCCGACAAAUUGCCCAAAGUGGAGGUGGAUAGUUUUAUGGCGGAACUUCCUGGAAGCCUGUCUCUUUCAUCCGCAGAACCCCAGCCCGCCUCACCUCAGCCGGCGGCAGCUGCGGCCCUCCUAGAUGAAGCACUGCUCACCAAGAGCCCCGCCAACCUCUCUGAGGCCCUCUGCGCUGCUAAUGUGGACUUCUCCCACUUACUGGGCUUUCUUCCACUCAACCUGCCCUCAUGUAACCCUCCUGGGGCCACAGGAGGCCUGGUCAUGGGCUACUCCCAGGCUGAGGCACAGCCCCUGCUCACCACAUUGCAAGCUCAGCCUCAAGAUUCUCCAGGAGCUGGGGGACCUCUGAACUUCGGGCCUCUGCACUCCUUGCCUCCUGUUUUCACCUCUGGCCUGAGCACCACCACCCUGCCUCGUUUCCACCAGGCAUUCCAGUAGCCCCCAAGGAGGCCCUCAGUUCAGUCUUGAACUCUGUCAGGGUGCUUCAGUACCCAUCCUAUCUGCAUCCCCCAUAACGGCAGCUGAGCUUUCAGAGCUGGGUUCAAACAGAAAAAAAUCCAGUAUCUGUAUGGAGCACUUGGUUCGGGGGCUCAGGCUCCAGGAUCAGUUCCAAGAGGAGCUUUGAGACCCAACCCCAUGAAAAGAUCACAUACUAUAGGACUUCAGGUAUUUUUACUUUUAUUUUUUUAUCUGAAUCGGGAGCCACACUUAGUCCUCUCUUUCUCCAAAGUGUCAGAACCUCAUUCUCUUUGGAGAAGGGGUGACCUGUUGGAGACACAGAGGGUUUCACUUUGGAUGACCUCGAAAAAAAUAGCCGAAGAAGCCCGCCUUCUGGUCCCAACCUGCAGACCCACACAGUUGGUCAGGCCCUGAUGGCAGAGGGUCACUUGGCUCCAUCACCUGCUUCCAACCAGCGGGCAGGAGAGAAGGCCUCUAUUCUUCCCCAUCAUCCCAUCCCUCCUGUACCAGCACCUCCAUUUUCAGUCAGUGUUGUCCAGCAACAGUACUGUUUACACAGUCGCUUCAGACACACCAUUUCACCUCCCUUGCCGAGCUGUUAGCCUUAGAAUGAUUGCAGUGAACAUUGUUUACACACCGUGAAUUCAUUCCCACCAGUCCAUUCCAGUUGGCACCAGCUGGAACCUUUUGGUACCUGGUGUUAACCGGAGCCCUGUUUACAAGGCGGAGUCGGGUCUCACUGACUUCUCUUCACUUGAGGUCAUAUUUUUCCCCUGUGGGGAAAUAAACUGACUUUGGACUGCUUCA